AUGGUGGUGGCGGAAUUCGGAAUUGCCUUUGCAGCAUUAAGAUGCAUGAAGGUUUUAGCUGGAUCCAGUUUUCUCAGUUUUGAGUUUGGGGACACAGAUAAAAACACAUAUAUUGUUAUUCUCGCUAGUUUCAGCAGAGCAUCACUUCUGUCUCUGCUUGUUGAUUUCGGAGAACUUUUCUAUGUAUAUUUACCUGUAAUUAUAUCCAUCUGUGGUUGUGAUGCAUCUGUUCUGCUAGCUGAUAGAACUGAGAAUGGGACAGGUUUACCUGAUCCAACAAUUCCUGCCGACUUUCUUGAAGAGCUGAAGCGGAAGUGUCCAGACGACAGCAACACCAUCAACUUUAUGUUCAAUGAACAUAGAGCUAGGGGUCUGAGCGAGUCUGCUAUAUCAAUUGAAACUUCAGUAGAUAAUCACUACUACAAUACUUUGAUGAGAGGAAGAGGGCUGCUGUUUGCUGAUCAACAGUUGAUGGCUAAUGAAAAGACUGCUGCAGCAGUGACAGAUUACGCUUUUGAUGAUGGGAGUAUAUUUAGGACACAGUUUGCUCAUGCCAUGGGUAAAAUGUCCAAUUUUGGUGCUCUUACUGGAACCAAAGGAGAGCAUGAGGCAGACGGCAUUAGGGUGGUGGCGGAAUUCGGAAUUGCCGUUGCAGCAUUAAGAUUUCCUUUGGUAAUAGAAAAAGGAUGGAAUGUGAUUACUUCUGAAAAGGCAGAGGGUUGUGAUGCAUCUGUUCUGCUAGCUGAUAGAAAUGAGAAUGGGACUGUUGAACGUGAGGCCAUCCCGAACAUGACGCUGAAAGGCUUCAACUUCAUUGACACGAUAAAGGAUGAAAUUGAGGAGGCAUGCCCUGGGAUUGUCUCUUGUUCUGAUAUCCUUGUUCUAGCAACAAGAGACGGCAUAGUUUUGGCUGGUGGACCAUAUUUUCCUGUGCUUACGGGGAGAAGGGACAGUAAGGAGUCAUUCUUUGAUGAAGCCAUAGCUGAAAUUCCACGGCCAAAUGGGAAUAUCAGUGAAACUCUUAGGCUAUUUUCGCUCAGAGGAUUUGAUGAGAGGGAAACAGUGGCCCUCCUUGGAGGACAUAACAUUGGGAGGAUUGGUUGUGAAUUCAUUCGGCCUAGGCUCAGUAAUUUCACGGGGACAGGUUUACCUGAUCCAACAAUUCCUGCUGACUUUCUUGAAGAGUUGAAGCGGAAGUGUCCAGACGACAACAACACCAUCAGCAAUAUGUUCAAUGAACAUACAGCUAGGGGUCUGAGUGAGUCUGCUAUAUCAAUUGCGGCUUCAUUUGAUAAUCACUACUACAAGACUUUGAUGAGAGGAAGAGGGUUGCUGUUUGCUGAUCAACAGUUGAUGGCUAAUGAAAAGACUGCAGCAGCAGUGACAGAUUACUCUUUUGACGAUGGGACUGUAUUUAGGACAGAGUUCGCUCACGCCAUGGCUAAAAUGUCAAAUAUUGGUGUUCUUACUGGAUCCAAAGGAGAAGUUCGGCACAGUUGCUCCCGUCUCAAUUCUGAUCAAUGAGUGGAGACUAGUUAAUUCUUCAUGAUUUCUCCUAGUGUUAGAUUUAGGGGAAUCUUGGAUGGCACACACACAGUGAAUUGUUUGUUUUGGAUGGCUUAUGAUCUAGCUACAAUCAUUAUCUGAUUUAACAAAGUUUCUCAUUCGUGCA